GUUAUGACAAUCGUGGCUUAGUUGGCUUACCGCUUACGUUCUAGGGCCUAGGCUCUAAUCGAACGACGCGCUUCUGGCGGCAGAAUAAUCGUGCGACUUCCUGGCCACUUUAUAAAUGGGCGGGUAUAGCAGUUUGAUCGUCUUAUCUCUUAUCUCCAUGUUUGUACCACAUUGUGAUUGUUUUCAAUAUUUUGAGGUUAAUUCCAAAUUUCUUUUAUCAUUCUUUUAAUGUGUUAUCAACUUGGUCGGAUCGAGUCGCCGAAUCUGGAAAUAGUAGAUUGAAGAUUAGACUCAUGCUCGACAUGCUUGUUCAGUUCAUAUUAAAAAGCCGAUUCCAGACUCACUAGUGACUGAGCCGACCAUAAUAAUAAUAAUAAUAAUAAUUACAAUUAAAUCGAAAUUAUGAUUUUUGAAGGCUGCAGUAAUUUUCGUACUAGAAUAAUUUUAUCACUCUUAAGUGGUAAACCAGUUAAAAUACGAAAUAUUCGAUCACAAGAAAAUGAACCUGGACUAAAAGAGUUCGAAGUAAAUUUUUUACGUUUGGUCGACAAGUUAACUAAUGGUACUAACUUGGAUGUCAAUGAGACUGGUACUGACUUGUAUUUUCAACCUGGUUUACUUAUUGGUGGUGCAAUAGAUCAUGAAUGUUGUAAAUUACGAGGCAUAGGUUAUUACUUGGAAUUAAUUAUCAUGAUUGCACCUUAUUGUAAAAAAGGAAUACAAGCCACACUUAAAGGAGUCACUAAUAAUCAAAAAGACCCAUCAGUUGAUGCUUUUAAAGCUGGAGCAUUAACAAUUUUACAAAGAAUAUUGUUAUUAGCUACUGAUGCCACUAUGGAAAUUAAAAAACGUGGUAUGGAACCAGAUGGUGGAGGUGAAGUAUAUUUUUCUUGUGAACCCGUUAAAUAUACCAAAGCAUUGCAAUUAACAGACUUUGGAAAAAUAAAAAAAAUAAGAGGAACAUUUUUCUCAUUAAGAGUAUCACCAUCAAUUUCCAAUCGGAUGGUAGAAAAGGCUAAAUCUGUCAUGCUUAAAUUUAUUCCCGAUGUAUAUUUUACGGUAGAUCAUCCAAAAGGAAAACUAUGUGGAAAAUCUCCUGGUUUUGGUGCAAAUAUUGUUGCAUCAACAACUAAUGGAAUAAUAUUAACUGCUGAUAGUGUGUCGCUACCAUUUACUGGUCAAAGAACUACAGCUGAAGAAGUAGCAGAAAAUGUAGCAUCAGCUAUGCUUGAAGAGAUUUGGCGAGGAGGUUGUAUAGAUUCUUCUUUUCAGUCCAUUGUACUUCUUUACAUGGCUCUUAGACAAAAAGAUGUAUCUCAUGUUGUAUUAGGACCAUUAUCACCUUACACAAUUCAAUUUUUAAGGCAUUUGAAAGAAUUUUUUGGAAUAUCAUUUAAAUUAGAACCAUAUAUUGAUUCUCAAAAUGAAGACUUAAGUCAAGGCUGUGAUUCAAAAAUUUUAGUAACUGGAGUUGGUAUUGGUUACAAUAAACUUGUUUAAAAUGAUAAUAUAACAUAUUUUUUAUAAAAA